AUCAAAACGCCCCUUCCCAAUUCUCCACCAAAUUAUGGACCUUCAAAUCACAUACAAAUCGAACCCACUUCUCCUUUCUUUCACCCCAAUCAGCCACACGUCUCCAAGACCCCUACUUUUCAACCUACCCACAAAGCACAGACCCAAAAUUUCCCGGCAAAGACCGGUUUUUCGUGUCAUGGCUUCUGCAAAUUCAAAUAGGUCUGAUGGGUUUUCUUGGCUGAGUCUGACUCGGUCCAUACGCCGCGGUUCCGAGCGGUUCUGGUUGGAUUUUGGUGAGUGGGUGAAGGAAACUGGGUUUGAUUUGAAGGAAGUUAAUGUGAUGGUAGGUGAGUAUUUGGAGCUAGUUGGGGACGGGUUAAAGAAAGGUGGGACUGAGUUGGAGCGGUUUAGGACCGAGUUGCUGCCGGAGUUCGUCAGCUGGAAUCAGUGGGAACGUUGGAAGCUGAAUGAAGAUUAUUGAUAGCAAUUCAGAGGAAAUGUUAGCUUUUUUAUCAGCACACUCUUCAAGCAACAUACACAAUGGCGUUCAUAUGGCAUGAAUCGCAUGAUGGUUAGUCCUUUCGAAAUAGUUUUGUGGAGUGCGAAUUAUAGAAUUGAUAUGCGAAGUAUAACGCUCGUUUUGAUUUUCUCAACAUGUUAUAUAUAUUAUUGAUAUCGGACAAUGCUAUAUAAGCUCUCCAGAAUUUAUUUAGAGAACUCCAAAUGAAGAUAAAGUGUGCAGUUUCAGUUGUAUUUUUUGUUCAACAAUUCGUCAUUGUGGAUUUAGUCUUUGUUGAACUUUCCAUUCUUCAGAAUAUUUUCGUAGCUAUAUGUAGGCUAAUACCAGUUUCUGCACCAGUUGAAGCAAAACAUUCGGGGAAUCUCCCUAGCCAUUUGAACAAUCUUGUUCACUAGACUUUUCAACAAGGAUUCAAUGUCUCAAGCUUCAAAUGAUUCUCUGUUCUUUGGUUGUCAAUCUUAUUUGAGAAUAGCUAAUAUUCUGAUCUACCUUUUGCUACUAUUCUGUAGAGAGCUUCAUUGAUUUUCAAUCAAGUGAAAUUUAUAAGAUAGUUGCAAACUGUCCAUGAUCAUCAAAGAAAUUACAUAAUGGUAUGGUCAUCUUCAUUUGUUUAUUCUCAAGAUAUAAAGACAUGGGAAUCUAAAAGAGUUGCUGCUUUGAUAUUCUAUGUUUUUGUUACCUUGGUUUCUUGCCAAAGAAUAUAUGUAGCAAUUCGAGCACCUCUCCAAUAUCGUCAAAGAAAAGAGUUGACAGAGGCUUAUAUGGAGGCAGUGAUUCCUGAACCAUCUCCAAUUAAUGUUAGAAGGUAACUUAAAUUUGUGUGUAUCUAUUCUUUAGAUCAUGUUGACUACAUCACAUUUCUGCUUUACAGAUUAAGACAUGACAUAGAUAGGUAAUAAACAGAAAGAUGGGGGAAAGAGGAAUAAAAAGAAAGACGCUUUACUGGCUCCUCUCAGUUUUCAAUAAUCCAGCCCCUCUGUUACAUUGUGGGUUUAAGAAAGGCAUGUGGAGGAAGAUGACACCCAAAGGCUUGACAAUGAAUAAGUUUGUGGAAGGAC